AAGGGAUGCUCAGCCCUCCUUCAGAUAAGAAGAAGCUUAAUUUACGUGCUUCUUUUAUGACAAACUCUCCUUUUCUUCUCAAUUCUAAUGGACCUAAGAUAAAACGAAUCAGUAGCCUCACCCGGAGAACCUUCUCUUCCAUUGCUAAUGUGAAAAGAAUGAAUGUAGUCGAUUUUGAUUAAAUAAGGAUAAUGAGGUAGGAGAUAGUUUACAGCAAAUACAAAUUAAACCAUUAAAAUCAAAGAAAUACAAAGGUUGGGAGUCCUCUUCAGAGGAAGAGGAUAAUAAAUAAGGAGGAUACAGCCCGUCUGCAGCCGGUUCCAGUUACAACAAUGGAGCAGUUCUAUCAGCAAAGAAAGAGCAAGCUUAAUCCUAUGAACAUUAUGUUUGAUCAGAAGCGUAAUAGCUCUAAUAAAGAGGCUCAUACAUUUUUGAAAGAGCGAGAGGAGCAAAAAGAAAACUUAAUGAAACUCCCAAAAAUGGACAGUAAGGAGAAGAUAGAAGGAGAUGAACUAUUCGAUUUUAAUAAAUAAAGAUGGGUGGAAUUUCAUUCUUAACAAUCUCAUAAUCCAAGGUGAAAAAGAAGAUAGUCCCAACCGAAAGAAGGUGGAGGAACUCGUUGAUGAACUUAACAGCGGAAAAGACAUCAACAGGAUGAUACUGACCGACAUGAAAAUCGGAGAUAUCUACAAGAAGAGACAGGAGGUGCAGAAGUUCCUGCAAAUAAACCCUAGAAGGGCUGCUCCUAAGAAAGUUAUCAAGAAUUCCCAAAGAAUUGAGUCUAUUAAGAAAGAUCUGUUUAGCAUCAAUAAGCGUUAUCUGAGUGAUUUCAAGAGUUAUAAGAUAAAAAAAUUUUAAUAUCCUGAAAUCACAAGAAGAAAAUAACUCUAAUGUUUUGAAAAUAAUUGACGACUCCAAAAGGAGUUAUAUAAAUAGCCCCUCUAAUGGCAUGACCAUGGCACAGUCAUCUAGAUCUGAUUCUAAGGAUAUGCAGAAGUUAGGUCAAGAGGAUGACAGACUUAGAGCGUCAUUCUUAAAAGAAAAACAAGAGAAAAUUAAAGAACAUAAAAUAAGAAGGCUUGAGACAAAGAUCAGGGAUGAAAUCAAUUUUGCCCUUAACCAAAGCGAUAAAAUUUUUGGAGAAAAGAAAUUCAGAAAAAUCAUAUCAAAACCUAAGAAAAUUGAUAAAUGAACCACUGUAGUUUCAGAAGAUAAUGAAAGUGAAUGGUCAAGUACUCAAUCUGAAAAUCCUUUAUUGAAUAAGCAACAUGAGAAGGAGAUUAGAGUAAAGGUUCCAAAACUGAAAAAGCCGCUUGAGAAGAUAAACCGGAAGCUUAAUUUCAUCUCACCUCCAACAAGAAGGAAUAUUGCUUUUUCACCGCUUCAAUGAAGGUCUAUUGAAUCUGUGUAUAAUGAUGACUCAGAGACAUUAAAGAAGGCUCUAAUCAGGAUGCUUCGUAAUAAAUGUGCAAAAUUCUCGUGUGCAGCAAGUUUUACCAGCCCCAUGGUUUCACAACAAAAGCUGACUAUAUGAAACAACUUGUUAAAAUACAUUAAACGAGGCUGUGAAGACCAUAAUUUGAUAAAAUAAAAUGAAGUUAUUCCCAGUUGAAUUUUCAGAACUUUCAGACCUGCUGGGCAGGUAUAUGAGAAGUCUAAAAAUUUCAAAGAUUAAUAAUACCAUCAAUGAGAAACUAGCUGUUGAGAGAAGAGUUACAAGGAUGAUGUCACGCUAUGAUAAUGAUUUCAGGCAGAGCAGCAUUAGGAAACCUAAGAAUAUCCAAUCUUUUCGAAGUCCAAUUCCAUCAAUUUCAAAGAAAAUCCAAAUGAAGAAAAUUUCGAAAAAGGGUCAGACUAAAAUGUUCAAAAGUAUUGUCACUCCUUAUCGGGAUGUUAAGAACAGCAUAUGUCUCAGUAAAGACAAAGUGCGGACGUACGAAUACUCUAAAUCCAUCACUUCUUGGCUAGAGAAGAAAAUGGAGGUAGCUAAGAAGCAGAAGCAUACUCCAAAAUUAAGAAUAAGCAGGGCUCAGAACCCUUUGAACCAGAGUAGCUGGAGGAACGACACAAAGCUGAAUAUCUCUAAAGAUACUCUCAAUCAAAACCAGAAGCUCUCAUCAUUUUCCCCUUUCUCAGCGGAAAACUUCGAGUUGAGCAUUGCUAUGAGGCAUACAAAAGAGGACCCGCUGUCUGAAGAAUCUGCAGGAGAAGUCAAGAUCAUGGUCAACGAUUCUUGCAGACUUAAUUUGUAAAUCCAUAACUAUUA